GCCCUGCAACAACAUGGCGCCUUGGAUGGCUGUUGUUGCAAUGGUGGCGAUAGGAAUGCAGGUAGCGCUGGCAGUGCCGACGCACAGCAGAAGAAGAGCAGGAGGAGGGCUGGCUGAGCCGCUGGCUCCUGGAGCUACUGAUGAGAUCACUGAUCUUCCUGGACUGCCAAAGGAAGUGAGCAAGUUCAAGCAAUACGCAGGCUACAUCCCUGUUGGUGGUGGAAAAUCGCUCUUCUAUUGGUUUGUCGAAGCUCAGAAGAAUCCCGCAUCUUCUCCCCUUGUCUUGUGGACCAACGGGGGUCCAGGGUGCAGCGGUCUCACAGGGUUUCUUAGCGAGCAGGGUCCUUUCCGAGCAGAGAAAGGAGGGCAAUUGUCUCUCAACAAGUACUCAUGGAAUCGUGUGGCUAACAUGAUCUUCAUCGAACAGCCAGCUGGUGUUGGCUUCUCCCAAGGCCCUUCAAACAUGACCUAUGGCGACGCGGAAGCAGCCAAGGACAACAGAGCCUUCGUGCUUGGCUUUCUCAGUCGAUAUCCGAUGUAUAAGGACAAUGAUCUUUACUUGACCAGUGAGAGCUAUGGCGGUCAUUAUAUACCAACUCUGGCCAUGCUUUUGUUGGACCUUCCCAACUUCAAGGGCUUUGCUGUUGGAAAUCCUCUCACAUGGAUGCCGUAUCGCGACUACGGUCAGUACGCUGCUUAUGCUUCCCGACAGCUGAUACCUAAACCCCUUUGGGAUCGUUUUGUUGCCUUGGGGUGUUUCUUAUUCCCAAGUGCUAAUCAAACAGACUGCGACAGCAUGACAGCCAGCAUGGAUGCGAUGACUGCCAAUAUGGAUCCCUAUGCUCUUGACUUCCCGAUCUGUCAAACCCCUUCACUGGCUUCAGGAAGAACGGAGAGAUAUCUUCUGCUCAAGAAGAUAGCUUCAGCCGACAAGAAACAACGGAAAACAUUGAGUGGAUAUUUCCCCAAAUACAAACCGUGCGUAGAUGAUUACAUGACGCAGUACCUCAAUCGAAAGGAUGUUCAGAAGGCCAUUCAUGUGUCGAAUCCUGGAAGCGUGACUUGGAGCGUUUGUAGUGACGUUGUAAACGAAGCGUACAAUCCCAAAGACGUUGCUGCACCGAUGAUGGGUGUAUACAACGAACUGAUUAAGCAUGGUGGUUUGAAAAUGAUGAUAUAUUCGGGAGAUGAUGACUCGAUAUGUUCGACUGCCGGGGCGCAGAUGUGGAUCUGGGGCCUUGGGAAGCCCAUCGAAGAAUGGCAACAAUGGAGCUCUAAGGGCCAGGUCGCUGGUUUCACUGUCAAAUUUCCCGGCCUUCGAUUCACUACCGUGCAUGGAGCUGGACACAUGGUCCCAAGCACCCGCCCAAUGCAGGCAUAUGACAUGUUUGUCAAGUUUCUUGAGGACAGCUGGUAAAUCGCAAAGGCAAAUAUGUUCAAUCUGCAAUAUUUAGAGAAUGAGGUGGAGUCUACGCACCAAUACAUUAUCUUUUACUG